CCCACGUGGUUCCUGCAGGGAGCCGCCGCCGGGUCCCGAACCGAGAGGGACCGUGGGGGUCUGACGGGGCGGAUCCGAGCGGGAUCGGGCUCAGAGGGACCGCGAUCGGGACCGGGACCGAGCGGGGCCGGUGCUGGCCGCCAUGGAUCCGCUGCGGGCUCAGCAGCUGGCGGCCGAACUGGAGGUUGAGAUGAUGGCCGACAUGUACAAUCGGAUGACCCAGGCGUGCCACCGCAAGUGCGUCCCCCCGUUCUACAAGGAGUCGGAGCUGUCCAAAGGGGAAUGCGUGUGCCUGGACCGCUGCGUGGCCAAGUACCUGGAGGUGCACGAGCGGAUGGGCAAGAAGCUGACGGAGCUGUCGCUGCAGGACGAGGAACUGCUCAAGCGAAUGCAGCAAGGCACUGGCACCGCCUGAGCCCCCACCCACACCCCAAUAAACCUGGGGCGUCUGCUGUGCUCCCCUCGCCUCCCAAA